AUGCACUCUAGAAAUGCCAAUUCUGCAAUAAUCAGUACCAAUCAAUAUAACUAAUAGUUUUAAAAUAGUAUGAGCUAAUCUGGUAUCUCAGAGAACUAAUAAUCUCUUCCAAGGUAGUAUAGAAGCAAUAGUUUUUACUUGUUUGAAGAGACAUAAGGAAUCAACAGAACAGGGAGUAUUUUAAGGUCAGAUUCUUCUCUAGAUGAAAACGAAGGAGAAGUAAUAUUUCGCACAGAAAGAAGAACAAGCAAUUUAAAUUUUACUCCUAUUGAUGAUAUGAUUUUCAAAAGCAGGGAACCAAUUUAAUAUAAUUAGAUAUAGGCAGGCUUUUAAGAAUACGAAUCUUAUGUUUGGGAAAAAGUUGAAAGUAAAGGCUCGUAAAGACCUUGUCCUAGAAGCAGUUCGGCUUCAGUUAUUUAUAAAGAAUGUCUUUAUUUAUUUGGAGGGUUCACAUUUAAUGGUAGACUAAAUGAGAUUUAUCAAUUCAAUUUUAAAACUCUCAAAUGGACCAAAAUAAAGGCUACAGGGACAAAACCUUCUGCCAGAGAAAAUAAUGGAGCAGUUGUAUAUUAAAAUAAACUGUAUAUUUAUGGAGGUUAUGAUGGGGUUAGUUGGUUCAAAGAUUUUUAUUCCUUUGACUUUGCAACAUAUGAAUGGACUCGUUUGCCAAUACAAGGUGAUGAACCAACUUAAAGUUUUGGUUUUGCUUCUGGAAGUCAUGAAAAUAGUUUCGCUAUUUUUGGAGGUUUCGAAGGACAAAAUUGGCUGAAUGAUUACUUCGAAUAUAAUUUUACAACAAGUAAAUGGAAGAAGGUCGAGUUGAAAGGCUCAGUUCCUUCAGAAAGAUCAUGUCCAAGUUAUUGUUCUAAAGAUGAGUAUCUCUAUGUCUUUGGUGGUUAUAAUGGAAUUGAUAAAUUAUAAGACUUUUAUAGAAUUAAUAUGAAGAAAGGCAAAAGUAUUUUCAUAUAAUAGAAAGGCAGUAUACCUUCUCCUAGAUAUUUCCACAGCCAGAUAUAUUACUCUGAUAAAAUAUUCUUGUUUGGUGGUUAUAAUGGAUAAGUUAGGCUAAAUGAUUUGUAUGAGUUUAAUGUUAAUACAAAUAAAUGGACCAAAAUAGAUUAAAAAGAUCCACCUGCUGGACGUUCUUCAAUGGUAUUACAAAUAUAUAAUGAUGUACUCUUUCUAUUUGGUGGUUUAAUUGGUUUCAAUGUUAUGAAUGAUUUUUAUCAAUUCAAAUUUUAGACAGCAUGUCUUCCAAAGCCCUAGCUGAAUUAAGAUAUUUUCUCUCUUUUAAAUAAUUAAUAAUUAAGUGAUGUAUAAUUUUUAGUUGAAGGAUAAAUUAUUUAUGCCAAUAAGGCUAUUCUUAGCUGCAGAUCAGAAUACUUUAGAAUGAUGUUUACAAAUGGCUUACAAGAGAACUGUUAGUAAUAAAGCCAGUAACCAGUUGUUAUAAAAGAUACAUCUUAUGAUUCUUUCGUAGAUGUUUUAGUUUAUAUUUAUACUGAUACAAUAGAUAACAACCUAUCUCCAUAAAGAAUAAUAGCUUUAUUACAAUUAUCUGAUUUAUAUUUUCUAGAUAGAUUGAAGUAUCUUUGUGAAGAAAAGCUAGUGAGAACAGCUUAGGAAAAAAAUAUUAUUGAUUAUUUAUUGUUAAGUUAAAAAAAUAGGUGCAGUUAUCUUAAGAAAUACUGCAUGGCAUAAAUAUUAGAUAAUCUAAAUGAAAUAAAAUAGUAACCAUGCUUUUAGAAAUUGCUUAUCGAUCCAACUCUUUUAAUGGAAAUUAUAAUGAAUAAAAACUGA